AUGCUUCUUUACUUCCUGGUUGUAGCUCCAUUAUGGAUGCUAAGCGGGUUAGUUCGGGCUGAAGUGUGGCCAUCGUUUUCGGACGAGAUGAUAUAUGCGAUCAGAUCGCAGAGAGACUUGAUGCAGAACAUCUCAAUUGACCAAGUACCAUUACCAGGACUGGCAUUGAAAAAUUCGUUGCCAGGUUCGAUCACUUCCAAUGAAACUGAAUCGCUAACGACAAUUUUAUCGCUAUUACAUCACGGUAUUCAAUCAUUUCGGGUUGAUCUAACGUUCAAUUCCUCUGCCGGAGAAUGGUUUUUGGAAGGUACUAACAUAAGAUUCGUCAAAAUGUUGAACACGGUGAAUUUAUUUGUGAUGGCUACCAAUACAAACUUGGAUGCUAACAUUUUGACUAUUCUACUGCGCUUUGAUAACGAUACUUUAAGAAACUCCAAUGCCAUCAAAGAGGCUAAUUUUACAGCGAUACUAGAAGAAGGGUUAAGUCCCGGAUAUGUGUAUUCUAUUGCAGAUCUUGAACGUGAUCGUGAAUUAAAUCAGACGUUGAGUAUUAACGGAUACUCUGAUACGGGUUGGGUUGGUUUGAGCAGAUUCCUAUUCGAUGUUAAAAAGCGGGUCGUAUUUGGGUUCUUGAAUGGAGCUGAGUUGUUCUCAGAAGACGACCAAGACAAUUUAGUAUUCCCUCCAGAAACAUUUCAUUACGUUACAGCCAACAAUAUUACAUGUCCUUUGAAUACUGUCGAAGAUAUCAUGAGAGUGUCUCAAAUACAAUGGAGAUUUCUUGAAGGUAAUUUCAGCUACGAAAACUACCUUCAUUAUCUCGAAUGUGGGUACUCAUUGAUCCUUACGAAUCCGAUCGACACGAGAAAUGAUAGUUCCCAGGGAACGUCGUUACAAAGGCAUCUUUCAAGUUUACUACUAUGGUCAUGGAAUGCAACAGCUCCGGAUGAUAAACUCGAUGAAAGUGAGGACAGCGAUGAUUCCGAAUCAAGCUCUACUUCACAAUACGUAGCCUACCGUUGUGGGGCAUUCAGCUAUAACGACUAUGAAGAUUUGGAUCCAUUUAAGAUAGGUAACUGCUACAGAAAUUUGCCCUAUUUAUGUCGUUUCAGUGAUAGAGCUUACUUUUGGAACAUAUCAGAAGAUACUGGAACCUAUUUCGAAUCGGACGAUAAGGACAUGUGCCCCACAGGAUACAAGUUUGGAGUACCGAGGACACCUUUGCAACAAAGAUCAUUACGAAUACACUUAAAUGAUAUGGACAUUGAUAACUUAGAUUUUUGGAUCGAUAUUAAUUCGAUCUCUGUGAGCAAUUGUUGGAUUACAGGUGGUCCGUAUGCUUCUUGUCCUUAUCAAAAAUACGGUUCUCGAAGAAAUUAUAUUGCCAUGACUGUUCCUACUUCAGCGAUAGCAUUGGUAUUACUUCUUGUCAUUUUUUACUUCAAUUGGGUUCACGUUCCCAUUCAGGACAAUAGGAACAACUGGAAAAGAAUCAUUAACGCAUAUUCAAAGGAAGAGGUCGAAGGUGUUCCAUCUUGA